AUGGCAGACAAUAAACUUCCCCCCUCAUCUUUCUCUCCAAACUUUAAAAAUGAGUACUUAGAGAAUGUAGUCGCUCAUACCACCACCACCAACAACAAUGACACGUUGUUGAUGCCACCACCAUCACCUACACAAACUUUCUCUAAUGGGCAUACGGAUCUCCCUCAAGAUCCAAGGGAGAAAACUACCAAAUCCUCCUCCAAAAAGCGUAAGGGUAGACCCCAAGGCUCUAGGAAUAAGCCUAAACCACGCAUCAUUAUCGAGGAAAACAAAGAAGCUCUCACAGAAGUGGUUACAAUUAAGAUAUGUGUCGGAGAAGAUAUUGUGAAGACUAUAAUUAAUUAUGCUAUACAGCGUCAAGUUGACAUAGUAGUGUCGAGGGGUUUCGGUCUUGUCACUAAUGUUACUCUUCUCGAUCCAAUAUCUUGUGUUCCAUUAUUACCCAUCGAAGGACCAUUACAUAUGACAUCUUUAUUUGGAACAUAUGUAAAUCCCAAUUGUGAUUGUGCUCCUCUGCAAUUCAUAGCUAAUCCACCAUGUUCAUCUUUUACCAUAUAUUUCUCUGGUAUUAAUGGACAUGUGUUUGGUGGAGUUGUUGGUGGAAAAGUUAUUGCUGCUGGUGUUACUUUUAUUAAUGCCACUCUUGUCAAGAAAAUCACGUUCUCUAGAGCGGUUUCCAUCAAGAGCAACGAUCGGAAAAUUGAAGAAGGUGAACCAAUACAUGACAAUGGUGUUAUCAUCAACACUGACGUGUAG